AUGGAUGUUGGUGCAUUCUUUUUGCACACCACUGUAGCUGGAGUACAGGUAUUGAACAACAACUUCCACAACCCAGCCACCGGCCAAUUGCAUCGAUUCAACGCCCUCGUAUCUCCGAUCCGCGGUGGGUCAUCCUUCGGAACCAAUCGAGCAAUUGUUCCUAUGAAUACAGAUUACAUUACUGCCAGCGGGAAACAACCUCCAACGCUGCUACACACUGCAUCCAAUGUUAUACCCGUACCAUUGCUAAAAGAGGCGGUUCAAGUUGCGCUCAAAAUCAUUGAACUAUCCGAGGACGUCGAAGGCAGCAAGAAGGCAUUUGUGAAUGCCAUGAAGUGCGUGGAAGGGGACAUCAGAGAAUUACUGAGGUUUGUCUUCUUUGCAUCUGGUUUGAGAACGUCUAAUGAUCUUGUAGCACUCUCAGGACAGGAUCUUAAGAAAACAGCAACGAAUGCCUCUUAUGCCCAGAUGUUCCACGGAUGCAAAGAGACGCCAUGGAACGCGCCGGGUGGAACGCUGAAACAUGUCUUCAUCCUCAUCACCAUGCGCGGAAUCCAACCUUUCGGCGACAAGGUCAUUACUUUGCAGUCGAGAGUCAUUCAACCUAUCGACAAAGACGCACGCAUGUGUAUCUUCCACGACAUCAACCUGGAUUCGGAGAACGACCCGGAUUUCAAGGUGUCGUUGGCCACUUUGGGACACAAGCCUUUCGCCGUCACCCUGAUCCCAGCAAAUCUCGGCAAACAAGGGCAGCCAACGGCGAGAGUUGUUGAAUCAGGAACGACGAAUGAGGACCUCUCCUGGUGGGCACUGACUCUCGAUGUAUCUAUGAUUCCCUCUGCCAUUGCCGGCCUAUUUAUUAGCUGCAGCUCUACUGCUCAAGAAACCCCAGCAAUCCACCAUGACCCCGUCCUCUUUGGACUACCUCCUGUUCAACCGUUCAUGCAGCGGCAUAGCAGAAAUAACGCACGCCGUUACGCCGACUCGCGAUUCCUUGUCAAUGCACAAGAUCUCACAGCUGAAGGCACCAACAUCCAAUCUGUCCUUUUCAGCCGCUCACCCUCCCCCGAUUCAUCUGAAAAGACAAUCGAAGCGUUCAUUGCCCGCAGGUGGAAUUACUACGGCAUGUAG